UGCCGCACGGGGAGGCCGGCCCGGCUCCGAGCGCAUCCCGCCUUGCGCAUGCCCAGACGGUAAACCAACGCCCCGGAGUUGAGGCGCGGAUUUGGUGGCGCGUUUUAGCCAAGUCGCACGUGAAGGGUAACGGUGGCCGAAGUCCAACCCAGCCAUGGCAGGCAAGCCUCUGUUCAAAGCCAUCCUGAUGGUCCUAGGGGCCCUCAUCCUCCUCCACUCAGCCUCGUCCCAGUCCCAGCGAGACUUUGCACCACCAGGCCAGCAGAAGAAGGAAGCCCCAGUUGACCUCCUGACCCAGAUAGGUCGAUCUCUGCGGGGGACACUGGAUGCCUGGAUCGGACUUGAGACCACGAACCUGGUUUCAGAGACAUUGUCUCAGGUGAUGUGGGCCAUCUCAUCGGCCAUCUCGGUGGCCUUCUUUGCUCUGUCUGGGAUCGCCACACAACUUCUGAAUGCCUUGGGACUAGAUGGUGAUGACCUCACCCAGGGCCUGAAGCUCAGCCCAAGCCAGGUCCAGACCUUCCUGCUGUGGGGAGUGGGGGCCCUGGUCCUCUACUGGCUGCUAUCGCUGCUCCUCAGCUUGCUCCUGACCUUGCUGGGGCGCAUCCUGUGGGGCCUGAAGCUUGUCAUCUUCCUGGUGGGCUUUGUGGCCCUGGUGAGGUCGGUGCCCGACCCCUCCACCCGGGCCCUGCUCCUCCUGGCCUUGCUGACCCUCUACGCCUUGCUGAGCCGGCUAACUGGCACCCGGGCCUCGGGGGCCCACCUGGAGGCCAAGGUGCGGGGGCUGGAGCGCCAGGUGGAGGAGCUGCGUUGGCGACAGAAGCGGGUGGGCAAGGGGCCCCGGAGCGUGGAGGAGGAGUGAGGAUGUACCCAGCAACGCCGCCACCAUCAUACCAAAGAGCUGAGCUGCUUCUGGGUCACCAAGCCCUCCCUCCAGUCCCCUGCCUUUCUCUUGCCCUGUGUCUGAACCUUCAAGACCUUUGCCUCCGUGCCUGACCCCCUAGCCAAGAGAGAGGACACCCUGUCCCUUGCUGGUCCCCAGGGGCCCUGUCUUCUGAGGUUCUCUGUCUGGGGUUGGUCCUCUUAACCCUCUCGCUGUACCCAGCCUGCCUUAGCCAGGGCAGGUUAGAGGGGCCUCACCUCCUGCUUCUGCAUCUGCCCGCAGCAAACAUCACUGCCAUUGGUCUCCCGCCACUCAGCCGGCUCCCUCGGUGGCAGCCUUGCCUCCCUCCUGAUGCUCUGGCUUCCCUGUCCUUCUGUAGUGCCUCCUCUGCCAAGGCCCCACUCGCUUGCCGGGUUUUCCUUUCAGCCCUGUCCUCCAACCCAACCACAGUCCCUCAAGGCAUGCUUCUGUCCUUCAUUGCCCAGCAUGGCGGAAGAAACAGGACAGAUGACGCCUGAGGAGAAGGGAGGGGACAACAGGGUCCCCCUGUGGGGAGAUUCUGGUGUGGGGCUAGGGGUGAGGAUGUAGAUGUACCUUGAGUCUGUUACAAGUGCCUUAAUCCCAGCCAGUAGGACCUGCUGCUUUAUGUCGGGGAGAGAAGGGUCCCUCUCAGACGUUUGACUCUCCUUUUGCCAAAGUAAAAAAGGGUGCUGCUUGGGAGGCCUGUGCCUGCAGUAGGAGCCUGCAGGGGAUUUCAGAGACCCUGAAGGAGGAAGGGGGCCUUCUCCUUGUCUGCACGGCUCCAGGCCCUUCUCUACCCCCUCCCUCCUCUCACUGCCACCAAGGAGUUGCCGAUCUGUGCCCACCCUGGCAGCCUAGAAGGAGCACCAGGAGACGGGUACCAUGCUGUGGGAGGGGGGGCAGGGUGAGCCUGCGGCUGAUCCUUCCACCAGGGCUCUCAUUCUUGGUGGCCAGGGGCCACUUCUUCCCUUGAGGCUCUGGUAGGGGCGAGUGUCCUUCUCCGCCAAGCCUGGCACUUGAUGUGAAGAAUAAAUGCCCCAUUCUUACUGUUAAGAUUUGAUGUGGACUCACAGCUGCAAUGAUAGAUAUUUUUAUCAGUGCUCGGUUGGUUUUAAAUGAAGUGCAUGCUAUUUUAUUAUCUUGUUCCAUAUAAAAUAUAUUUACUCAAAGUCUG